AAGCCCUUUUCCGAGCUUUCUCGUGAAGCUCUUCCCUUUCAAUAUCCAGACAAUUGGGCUCUCUCGUUUUCGUUGAAUCUCAAUCCAAAAUUGGCUUCCAGUUCUUUUAAAGCUUCAACCUACGCCUGACCGAGAACAAAAUUGUCUGCGCCGGCUCCGACUCGUAAGUGUAACACACUGAGAAUCGGAUUCCUCUAUAAAAAUACGGAGAGGGAGGAAAAGAGAGAAACAGGGAAAAGGAAAAAGAUGAAGAAUUCUGUGUCGGAUCAAAGCUUUUACAUUGACAGCGAUGACGAAGACGACAAGGACUUCAGCAGAGAUGGUGAAGGUGAAGAAGAGGACGCAGGAAACCCCUCGGAUUCCGACGAGUCCCUGGCUGAUAACCAGCGGCAGCAGAGCAAAACCGGUUCUUACAUUACUACAUGGCCUCAGAGUUACAGGCAAUCAAUCGACCUGUACAGUAGCGUGCCAUCUCCAGGAAUCAAUUUCCUAAAUACGCCAUCUCUAACAAGGCUAGGCAGCUCCUUCAUGCAAUCUUCACUGAUAAGAAGGCACACCCCUGAAUCAUUCCCCACCCCGGCGCCGGCGGUGACCGCGCCUCUGCUGGUGAAAGAAGAUGAGCCCAAGAGGAAGAGCUCGCACGCGCUGCUUCCGCCGCCGAUCCCGCGGCGAAGAUCCUCCAUAAGAAAAGACGACGAGAAACCUUCUUCCAUGAUUGCUCAUGGCCACGAACUCCCCAUCUCUCACCAAAGCUCCUUUGGUCAAGCCGUGCUUAAUGGGCUGAACGUGCUGUGUGGGGUUGGGUUACUGUCGACGCCAUAUGCAGCCAAGGAAGGAGGGUGGGUGGGGCUCUCCAUUCUCAUCAUAUUCGGCCUCCUCUCUUUCUACACUGGGAUCCUCUUGCGCCACUGCCUCGACAGCGAGCCUGGCCUCGAGACUUACCCUGAUAUCGGCCAUGCCGCUUUCGGCACCCCUGGCCGUAUUGCAAUCUCCAUCAUACUGUACGUGGAGCUAUAUGUAAGUUGCUUAUCUUAUCGCUUUUUUGUAUAUAGUAAUCGCGUUUUUCACGCUUGUUGUGUGGAGUAUAUCAUAUUAGAGAGCGACAACUUGUCCUCGCUGUUCCCAAAUGCACACCUGAGCUUGCUUGGGAUGGACUUGGAUGCACACCACCUGUUUGCUUUAUUGACAGCCCUUGCUGUCCUCCCCACCGUCUGGCUCAGAGACCUCCGCGUUCUCAGCUACAUCUCUGCCGGUGGAGUGAUUGCAUCAGUUCUAGUGGUUCUGUGCCUGUUCUGGGUUGGUCUAGUUGAUCAAGUCAGCGUCCACAGCAAAGGCUCGGUUAUCAACUUGGGGACUCUCCCUGUGGCUCUUGGUCUCUAUGGCUAUUGUUACUCGGGACAUGCCGUCUUCCCAAACAUCUACACUUCCAUGGCAAAGCCACACCAAUACCCUAUAGUUCUCUUGGUCUGCUUUGUGAUAUGUUCAAUGCUGUACAUGGGAGUUGCAGUGAUGGGGUACACGAUGUUCGGACAGGCAACAGCGUCUCAGUUCACUCUCAACUUGCCCAAGGAUCUCGUUGCCUCGAAGAUCGCGUUGUGGACAACCGUCGUCAACCCUUUCACCAAGUAUGCACUGACGAUGAUGCCGGUGGCGUUGUGCCUGGAGGAGCUGCUGCCAUCGAACUUGAACAAGUCGUAUAUGUAUGGGAUGGGGAUUAGGACAUUGCUGGUCCUGUCGACGUUGUUCGUUGGCCUCUCUGUCCCCUUCUUUGGACUGGUGAUGUCGCUAAUCGGAUCUUUGCUCACCAUGUUUGUGACUCUGAUACUUCCUUGUGCUUGCUUCUUGAGCAUCUUGAGGAACAAAGUGACUCCUAUCCAGGUUGGUCUGUGUGGUUUGGUAAUUACAGUUGGGUUAGUGGCAUCAGCUUUUGGGACGUACUCUGCCUUGUCCAGUAUCGUUGCCAAUUUGAGCGGCUAGAGAUUUAUCCAUUUCUACAUUUUUACCAGAGGAGGUUUAGGUUCGUUUGUGAGGAGAAGAGUUUGUUUUUUAUUUAUUUAGUUUGGCCAAUUUUGAGUUUGUAAGACCAUAUAGCAUUCCCAUUGAAUUCUGUACUGCAAUUGCAAUUUUGGUGCCAUUUUUCAUUCUUGGUUUGCCUUACACGUUACACAUACUUUUGAGUAGAACUACACAUGCAUAGGUUCAGGUUUUGUAGUUAGUAUAUAGGAUAGUACAACAA